AUGGCCGCCCAAACGCAGGACAUCUUCGACGCCAUCGACAAGGGACAGUUUGAGGAAGUGGAGAAGCGGCUGAAGGCGGGCAUCGAUGUCAAUUGCUUGGACAAGAAUGGAAUGACCCCACUUUCGAUGGCCGCCUACAAAGGAAAUGAGGACCUCUGCAAGCUGCUAUUGCAACACGGGGCAGAUGUCAACUCCAAGAAACACGAACACGGGUACACGCCUUUGAUGUUUGCAGCGCUGGCCGGCAAACCUAACCUAUGCCGGCUUCUUAUGGACUUUGGCGCAUAUCCGGCAGCGACAAACAACAUUGGCAAAACGGCGUGCGAGAUGGCGGCUUUUGUCAGCCAACACGAAUGCGUUUCCGUGAUCAAUACGCACGUUUCGCUGGAUCAAAUAUCGAAGUUGCUGAACCCAAAAGAAUCUGAGGAAAAGUUCCCCGAGGAGCUGGCGAAAUUCAUACACGAGAUGGUGUGCGCGCACGUUAUCCACCCGGUUGCUCUAAUUUUCUCGAUCCUGGAUUACGAGGACGGGAUCAAGUACCGGAAGAAAAUCCUUUACAUCGUCGACCGCGUUUUUGAGAGCCAGCUGCGGUGCAAGGAGGGAAACGAGGUCAUGUCACUCAAGCUGUGGUUUAUUCUACACAUGCUGCGCGAGAUGUACAAGUAUAUCGAUGAGCACUCAGAGAAGCCACCCAGUGAGGCGUUGACGCUAUACGCGAAAACUCUGCUCUUCAUGCAACCCGAGCACCAGGUGCGCCCGAAUCUCGAUGCUCUUUUGCGUGCCGGUAUCGUGAGCUUCCCCUAUCGUCAAAGCCUUCUAUUCCAAACGAUCGUCAAGGCGCUGGCGAAGAGCAAAUUCGGGGAGCGCCCGGCCGCCUACGAUUACAUUAUACAAGUGCUCUUCGGACAGCGAAUCUUGGCUGUCAGUCAAUUCUGCUUUACUUGCGGCGGGUUCAACGCGACGAAGCGCUGCCCGAAGUGCCGGGUGCCGUAUUGCUCACAAAAGUGCCAAAAGUACGACUGGGGGAUACAUAAGAAGUGCUGCGCCGCGAUCGGCGAGUGGCAUACGCCAAAUGAUGAUAGCCCCACCGAUCUCGACGCCCUGCAGGCGCAGCUCGAGUCUGCGAGCGUCACUUCU